AUGGCAGGGAAUGUGACACGCGAGCAAGUGAGAUGGCUAUACGAGGUCGUUACUGGAGGAAAGGAGAAGCCCUUCAUCUCAAGUGAGCCCGGUUCAGAAGGAGAUGUUGCAGCAUCGUUUCUUUCAGGACUUGGGAUUACUCUAGUUCCUUGGGAAAUCGAAACGAGCUCUGUGGAUUCUCCUUCAGUAACACCGGCCCCGUUUACCCCAUUGUCUCUUUCGAUAACACACAGCUACCGUCCCGAAAACGAUAUUCCAUUCACCGACUACAUCCCACCGGAAUAUAGGAGCAAUACCGAGGACGACUGGUGGUGGUCCGCUCAAAGCUGUUCUGGUAAUACGGUCCGAUUCUUCCAUAAGUGGGCUCUUGCAAGUCGAAGGCUUCCGCGCCGGCAUACAAACUUAUUGGAUUUCUGCGGAGUACACCGCGUAAGGUUCCCUAAUCCUUUCUUGCGUUGCUGCCCAAGAAUGGGAUUCUGUCCACCGAUUGGAGGUCGCUGGGACAUCUGCUUUUUCAUUGAAUAUGAGAAGCAAAAUGCCCCAUCACUUCCCCAUAUUGCUGUGGGGGCUUCCCAGCCAGUGGAGGCUAGAGAAAACUUCAUUCUAUAUGGGGAGCUUGCCGUAAUUCUUGCUGUUAUGAAAGGCCGUGCCAGCCAGCCAAAAGCAGAGAGUGAGGAGGAAAUGGAGAAUAUACAUGAUAUGCAAAGACAAGAGCUUGAGGAAGCUUGCUGGAACAGCCCAGCCUUCCCAAACGAGCAGAAUUUUCCGCUUCUUCUCUUUUCCUUCGUGGGCCCACAGCAUGCAAGGAUACUCUGUGCUUCCAUGGACCAGACGCAGCUAAUAGUUCGGAUGUCGAAGCUUUAUAGCUUCGAGAGAAAGGAAGAAGCCCCACUUGAACUGUUCACGUCCUGGCUUUUUUCGCGCUCCGUAGUGAAUACUUAA